CCGGGGCGGGGCCUCCGGGCCGCCCAGCCCCUACGGGGCCCGCGAGAGCGCGGCCCCGCCCCCCGCCUAUAAGAGCGGUGCGGCACUGCAGCUAGCGCAGUUCUCACUGAGACCCGUCACCCGGACUCUGCGUGAGACGCACCACCCGGACUCACCAUGCGUGAAUGCAUCUCUGUGCACGUGGGGCAGGCAGGUGUCCAGAUGGGCAAUGCCUGCUGGGAGCUCUACUGCCUGGAGCACGGGAUCCAGCCCGACGGGCAGAUGCCCAGCGACAAGACCAUCGGGGGAGGGGACGACUCUUUCACCACCUUCUUCUGCGAGACAGGGGCCGGGAAACACGUGCCCCGCGCUGUGUUUGUGGAUCUGGAACCCACUGUGAUCGAUGAGAUACGAAAUGGCCCGUACCGCCAGCUCUUCCACCCCGAACAGCUCAUCACUGGCAAGGAGGAUGCAGCAAACAACUAUGCCCGGGGUCACUACACCAUCGGCAAGGAGAUCAUCGACCCUGUCCUGGACCGGAUCCGCAAGCUGGCUGACCAGUGCACAGGCCUCCAGGGCUUCCUGGUCUUCCACAGCUUCGGAGGGGGCACCGGCUCCGGCUUCACCUCGCUGCUCAUGGAGCGACUCUCCGUCGACUAUGGCAAGAAGUCCAAGCUGGAGUUCUCCAUCUACCCGGCCCCCCAGGUGUCCACAGCCGUGGUGGAGCCCUACAACUCCAUCCUGACCACACACACCACCCUGGAGCACUCGGACUGCGCCUUCAUGGUGGACAACGAGGCCAUCUACGACAUCUGCCGGCGCAACCUGGACAUCGAGCGGCCCACCUACACCAACCUCAACCGCCUCAUCAGCCAGAUCGUGUCCUCCAUCACCGCCUCGCUGCGCUUCGACGGGGCCCUCAACGUGGACCUGACCGAGUUCCAGACCAACCUGGUGCCCUACCCCCGCAUCCACUUCCCCCUGGCCACCUACGCGCCGGUCAUCUCGGCCGAGAAGGCGUACCACGAGCAGCUGUCGGUGGCCGAGAUCACCAAUGCCUGCUUCGAGCCGGCCAACCAGAUGGUGAAGUGCGACCCCCGCCAUGGCAAGUACAUGGCCUGCUGCCUGCUGUACCGGGGCGACGUGGUGCCCAAGGAUGUCAACGCCGCCAUCGCCGCCAUCAAGACCAAGCGCAGUAUUCAGUUCGUGGACUGGUGCCCCACGGGCUUCAAAGUGGGCAUCAACUACCAGCCCCCGACGGUGGUGCCCGGGGGAGACCUGGCCAAGGUGCAGCGGGCCGUGUGCAUGCUGAGCAACACCACCGCCAUCGCCGAGGCCUGGGCCCGCCUGGACCACAAGUUCGACCUGAUGUAUGCCAAGCGGGCGUUCGUGCACUGGUACGUGGGCGAGGGCAUGGAGGAGGGCGAGUUCUCCGAGGCCCGGGAGGAUAUGGCCGCCCUGGAGAAGGAUUACGAGGAAGUGGGCAUCGACUCGUACGAGGAUGAGGACGAGGGAGAAGAGUAGAAGAGCUGCGUGGAGUCCCCCCUCCCCUCCCACUAUGUUUAUUGCAAAAAGCCUUUCGAAAUAAACAGUCUCCAUGCACGGUUUCUUGUCCGCUCUGUCUGCUUACGCUGCUUGUGCCUCUGCUGCCUUCCUCCUCAUGCUGCUGUGGCUGCUGCUGCCCUGCUCAUUGCUCCUCGCCCCUUACCUCCUGCAGCUGAAGCUGAGAACUGCCCCGAUCAGGGAAACCUGAU